AUGUUAAACCAAGCUGUAGUUGAAGCUUUAUAUUCUGCAACAUAUAUCGAAAAUUAUUUGGACUGUGUGGAAAACUUACCAAAUGAUUUACAGAGACACGUUUCCCGGCUCCGGGAACUUGAUGCUACUUGUCAAACAUAUUUACGAGAAGUUGAUCAACAACAAGAAGCAUUACGAAAUGAUACAGAUCUGGCAGUUAGGAGAAGAGCACUUUUAAGAGUUCAACAAGCCUUGAUUGCAGCACAAGAAAUAGGGGAUGAAAAAUUGCAAAUAGUUCAACAAGUUCAAGAUCUUAUUGAAAAUAAAUCUAGGCAGCUAGAUUUAGAUUUCCGUAAUCUUGAUUUUGGAAAAGAACAAGAAAGUACUGAAUCAGUGCGUGAAACAAAUUCAAAUAUAAAUUCUAAUUCUUCCAGUAAUGCAAAUAAUUCAGAAAGGCAACCAAAAAGAGCUAGACGGACAAGAACAGAGACAAUGGUUGAGUCUUCUAAUACUAUGGACAUGAUUGUAAUGACAGAGACACGUUCUAAUUCUUUGUCAAAUACAAGUAAUGGCAAUCAAAAGAAAACAACUACCACCAACACUGGAAAGAAAAAGAAAAGAAAAUCUAGGCAAGGUAAUCAGCAAAAUCAGCAUCGUGAAGAUACUCCACCACCACCAGAGGAUGAUCUUGCAAUAGACCCAGAUGAACCAACAUAUUGUCUCUGUGAUCAAAUAUCAUAUGGAGAAAUGAUAUUAUGUGAUAAUGAUUUAUGUCCUAUAGAGUGGUUUCACUUUUCAUGUGUUUCAUUAAGUACCAAGCCAAAAGGUAAAUGGUUCUGUCCAAAAUGUAGAGGGGAUAGACCAAAUGUUAUGAAACCCAAAGCACAAUUCUUAAAAGAAUUAGAAAGGUAUAAUAAAGAAAAGGAAGAGAAGUCGUAG